AUGGAUUCCUUGCUGUGGUGUUUCCGCCCGCGCAAGCGAAGAGACCUCCAUGACUGGAAGCAAAUAGAGGCCAAGGCCGACAACGUGGAAUCCCAGCCCAGCUGGCACGACCCCAGCGAUAACACCUUGCUCUUCGAAGGCUUCGAGUGGCACAUCCCGAACGAUAACUGCCACUGGCGACGGCUGCAACGCGCCCUGCCGGCCCUGCACGCCAUCGGGGUGGACUCCGUCUGGCUCCCGCCGGGGUGCAAGGCGAUGAACCCGUCGGGGAACGGGUACGACAUCUACGAUCUGUACGACCUGGGCGAGUUCGACCAGAAGGGCUGCACCGCCACCAAAUGGGGCUCCUUCGCCGACCUCGAGGCGCUGAUGGAGGACGCCCACGCCCUGGGGGUGGGCGUGUACUGGGAUGCGGUGCUGAACCACAAGGCGGGCGCCGAUUUCCCGGAACGGUUCGAAGCGGUCAAGGUUGAUUCUCAGCGACGCGAUGUCGAGAUCGCAACCCCGCAAGAGAUCUCCGGCUGGACGGGCUUCAGCUUCUCCGGCCGGGGCCCCGUCCACAGCGCCCAGGAAUACCACUGGUACCACUUCAGCGGGGUCGACUGGGACGACGCCGCCCAAGAGAACGCGAUCUUCCGGAUCAGCGGGGCGGGGAAGCCCGGCUGGGCGGAGGACGUGGGCCGGGAGCUGGGCAACUACGACUACCUCAUGUUCGCGGACCUGGACUACUCGCACCCGGAGGUGCGCGCGGACGUGCUGCGCUGGGGCACCUGGAUCGGCCAGCGGCUGGGGUUGAAGGGGAUGCGGCUGGACGCGGCGAAGCACUUCUCCAUGCGGUUCCAGAAGGCGUUCGCGGCGCACAUGCGCGCGACCACGGACCCGGAGUUCGUCGUCAUCGGCGAGUACUGGACGGGGGAUGUGCAGGAGCUGGUGCGGUACGUCCAGACCGAGAUGGAGGGGACGGUGGUCGCGGUCGACGCGCCGCUGGUGCAUAAUUUCUCGCGGGUGUCGUUGGAGAAAGGCCGUGGGGAUCUGCGGCGCCUGUUGCGGGGGACGUUGGUCGAACGGUGUGGGGGAAAUGCUUUGACAUUCGUCGAGAACCAUGACACGCAACCCGGCCAAAUGAUGGAGAACACCAUCACCCCGGAGUUCAAACUCCUCGCCUACGCCCUCAUCCUCCUCCGCCAAGAGGGCCGCCCCUGUCUCUUCUACGGCGACCUGUACGGCAUCUGGGACGCCCAGACACAACAAGCCCACCGCGACGCGGCCUACGCCUACCAAGUCCCCAUCCUCACCCGCACCCGCAAGCUUUUCGCCUACGGCGAGCAACAGGACUACUUCGACCAAGCGCAUUGCAUCGGCUUCGUCCGAUACGGCAACGCGCGCCACCCGGCGGGAUUGGCGUGUGUGUUGAGCAACGCGCCCGGGCGUGCCACGAAGCGCAUGUAUGUCGGGCAGCGGCACGCGCAUGCGACGUGGACGGAGGUGUUGGAGGGCGACAGCAGCAAGUUGGGUGCGGUGGUGAUUGACGCGCGGGGGUAUGGGGAGUUCCCCGUGGAGGGAGGGGGGGUUAGCGUUUGGGUUGAUGCGGCGGCGCCGGACCGCGGGAGGCUGAAUGACCCGUUUGAUCAUGAUAUCUAUGGGUAG